AAUUGUGUAUAUCUCCUCCAAUAAUAUCUCAUUUUACACUACUCCAACAUGCUUCAAAAUAGCUUCUUUUAUUGACCCUUCCUCUUAUUAAAAGCCCUUACAUCUCUAUACUUCUUUUCACUACACAAUAUGGAAUUUUUGACACCAAAAAUCUUCAUAUUUUUCUCUUGUUUUCAACUCAUAUCACAAGCCAAAAUCAUAACAUUUGACCAACAAUAUGGUGACCCUUUUGAUCAUACAUAUGUCCCCCUUCUUGAAAUCAAACAUCCUGCACAAAUAAGCAAUCAAGCACUUCAAAUCACCCCUGACACAGCUUCCUCUGCUUACCAAAUGUUCAAUAAUUCAGGCAGAAUCCUAUUAAAACGGCCUUUCAAACUAUGGGUAGACAAUGAUAUUUCAAGGACAGCGUCAUUCAACACAUCAUUCCUAGUAAACAUAUAUAGACCGGAUAACCAAACACCAGCUGAAGGUCUAGCUUUCUUGAUAUGUCCAAAUUUUGAUUUGCCACUAAAUAGCCAGGGCCAGUAUUUGGGCCUAACGAAUGCUACAACAGAUGGUGAAUUAUCCAACAAAAUAAUCGCGAUUGAGCUAGAUACAUUCAAACAAGAUUUCGAUAUUGAUGAUAACCAUAUUGGGAUUGAUAUAAACAGUGUUAAAUCCGUUAAGUCGGAACCUUUAACACCACAUGGAAUUGAACUAGCUCCAAUAGGUGCUAGAUUUUACAAUAUAUGGAUACACUAUGAUGGAUUCAAGAAAGUACUUGAUGUGUACAUUAUUGAACAAAUGACGAAAAAUGGGACAACACCAACAAGGCCAAAAGUACCAAUACUAACACACAAUGUUGAUUUGAGAGAAUUUGUAAAGCAAGAAUCAUAUUUUGGAUUUUCAGCUUCAACAGGACAUUUCAAUCAGUUGAAUUGUGUGUUGAGAUGGAAUUUAACAGUUGAGUAUUUUCAAGAAAAGAAUGAUCAAGAAAAGGUACUAAUAAUAAGUCUAAGUGUUGGUGUAUCAGUAUUGGUUGUUUUAUUGAUUUUGUCAGGGUAUUUUGGGUAUUUUUUUUAUAAGAAAAAAAGGGAUGAUAGGUCACAAUCUAAUAUAUUAGGGGCAUUAAAGAGUUUACCUGGAAUGCCUAGGGAUUUUGAGUUUAAAGAAUUGAAAAAAGCUACUAAUAAUUUUGAUGAAAAGAAUAAACUUGGUGAAGGUGGAUUUGGAGUUGUGUACAAAGGGUAUUUAGUUGGUGAAAAUUUGGAAAUUGCUGUGAAGUGGUUUUCUAGGGAAAGUAUCAAGGGUCAAGAUGAUUUCUUGGCUGAGUUGACAAUUAUCAACCGUUUAAGGCAUAAACAUCUUGUCAAAUUACUUGGAUGGAGCCAUAAGCAUGGUAAGCUACUACUUGUAUAUGAAUACAUGCCAAAUGGUAGCCUGGACAAACAUCUCUUCUCAUCAGGGCAAGAAAAAGAGCCACUCAGCUGGAGUGUGAGGUACAACAUUGUAUCAGGAGUCGCGUCAGCUCUGCACUAUCUUCACAACGAAUACGAGCAGAAGGUAGUCCAUCGCGAUCUCAAGGCAAACAACAUCAUGCUCGACUCAAACUUCAAUGCACGUUUAGGUGAUUUUGGAUUAGCACGAGCAAUUGACAACGAAAAGACCUCAUAUGCUGAUGAAGCUGAAGGUGUACUUGGCACGAUGGGAUACAUCGCGCCAGAAUGCUUCCACACAGGAAAAGCAACUCAACAUUCUGAUGUCUAUGCAUUCGGAGCUGUGUUGUUGGAGCUAAUAUGUUGCCAAAGGCCUGGAACUAAAGUUAAUGGCUUUCAACUCUUUCUUGAUUGGGUUUGGUUCUUGCAUCGCGAUGGGAGAAUCCUUGAAGCUGUUGACAAGAGGCUCGAGGAUCAAUACGUGGUUGAAGAAGCAGAGAGAUUGUUACUACUUGCUCUGGCUUGCUCCCAUCCAAUUGCCAAUGAAAGGCCUAAAACACAAACUAUAGUUCAAGUUAUAUCAGGAUCAGUACCAGCACCACAAGUACCACCAUUCAAACCAUCAUUUGUAUGGCCUUCUAUGGUUCCAAUUGACAUAGAUUCAUCGAGCAUCGUCGAUACAAUAUCCAUCACAACUCCUCAGUACAGUUCAGAGAACAACAGUAUUGAAUAUCAAAGCAAGUAGAGAUAGCAAUAGCUUGAUUUAAGGCCACUAAGAUAUUUUUUUUGCUUAUUGUGUAAUGACAAGAAUAGCAGCUCAUGUAUAUAUUUCUCAGCCUUUUAUGUUAAAUUCCAUCCUAUACAUUGUUCCUUCUGCGGUUUGACUGUUUGAUUUGUUGUAUUAAAAAUGACAUGUAUUGCAUAAUUUCUAAAAAGAAGUUGUUCGUUUA